UUAACCCCACGUAAGAGCGCAUGUGCACAUUGAAAGGUGAAGCGGAUAGAUAGCAAGCGAGCUAACGUUAGGUCAAGGAUAAACACAGAUAAUAACUAUUGAUAUUUUCAACGUAUUUGAUUGAUUUAUGCUUGCAAGAAGGGGAUAUUCUUCAACGUAUUCAUUUAAGUUUUGCAAGUGGAUAACAGAAGAGAGGGAGAGGCCCAACAGGAUGGCCAGUGUGCUCUGUAGCAGAGCCAGGCUGGUGACUUACCUGCCAGGGCUUCAUGUACUGGUCCGGCGGAUCGCUGGAACCAACCAGAGAACAUUCUCUGGUGCUGGAUCAUCUGGCUCUGAUGAGCCUCGUGUUGCCAUCACACCCCCUGACCUUGGACCCAGGACAGUUUGGCCAGAUGAUACUAUGGGUCCGUUCGGGCCUCAGGACCAGCGCUUCCAGCUGCCAGGUAACUCAGGCUUCGACUGCCACCUGGAAGGAACAGCAGAACAGAAAAUUAAAGGCCCAGUCCACCGGACAGUCCCCGACGUGCUCUCUGCUCCCUCCAGCAGCGAGAGGCAUGAGUUCAUCCUUGCUCAAUUUGUCGGCGAGUUCCAAGGGAACGAGGCCGAUCCCCCGGAACAAAGAGUCAACAGAGCAGAACAGUACUUUGAUAACUCCAAUGUAGAGUGUGCAAUACAGUCUUGCCCUGAGCUGCUGAAGAAAGAUUUUGAGUCAAUGUUCCCUGAGGCCCCUAACAAUGGCAUGACUGUUGUCACGGUGACCCAGAAGACGCAGAACGACAUGACAGCGUGGUGUGAGGAGGUGGACAAAGAGAGGGAGUUGAUGCUAGACAAAUUUGUUGCCGGUGCCAAGGAAAUCUGUUAUGCCCUGAGGACAGAAGGCUUCUGGGCUGACUUCAUAGACCCAUCCUCAGGCCUGGCAUUCUUUGGGUCGUACACCAACAACACACUGUUUGAGACAGACGAGAGGUACCGUAACCUGGGCUUCAGCAUCGAGGACCUGGGCUGCUGCAAAGUCAUCCGCCACACAUUGUGGGGAACACAUGUUUUCGUGGGGACAGUUUUCACUAACGCACCUCCCCAAAGCCUUAUCAUGAAGAAGCUGCAAGGGAACUAAACCUGAAUGAUGGGAGAGUGUCUGGUAUGUGGUUGCUAUUAAACCUUGACGUGUCAAGGCUCUUUACACAGGCCUCAACUACUAUUCGCUGUUUCUUUGUCGAUCACAUUUGUAUAGAAACCCUCAAUAGUAGUAUGGUGCACCGAUAUUGUGAAUACCAACCACCAUGGUCCCUGACAGUUUUACCAUUAGAGUAUAUUUAUUUUCACCUCUGUCUGUACCCAGACAGUGUUUUUUCCAUUAGUGUAUUGUGGUUGAAGGCCUGAUUGAAAAGGGUCUCUCUUGCAAAAUAGAUUUUAUCUCAAUGAGAUUUAUCUGUAAAAAAUAAAGGUUAAAUUGAAUGGGAAAUAGAAGGUGGAGGAAAAAUCCACUCAACUUAUCUUUGGGUAUUAUUUUCAUGAUUCUGUGGAAAGUGACACUUUGCUUCUUCAAAGUCCAAUGUCUUGAGAACUUUACUGCUGACUUACAAAACUUUUUGGGACCGUAUUAACAGUGGACUAAUAAGUAAAUGUGUAUAGUUUGAGUGGAUUUCCCCGUUAAGGGUGGAUUGACUCUGCCCAGGUGAGAUUUUCAUUGAUAAACCCCAAUUUUUAUCAAAAGGUAAGAAUGAGCUUUUCUGAUGUCAUGCGGUUAUUCUCAAGAGCUCUUAUUUGAUCCGUGUUGCCUUCAGAAUAGAGACCUCAUGUCUUGUUCACACGUCCUGAGAUCCAGUUAACCAUUGAAUCCUUGAAUAUUGUACUUGUGACAGUAAUCAAUGCACUUGUCUAGAAGAAAGAGGGGCAGCACUUGUCUCUCUCCUUCACUUUAGAAGAUGAACUGUUUUUAAAAGGGUCUGUGAUUCUUGUGACAGCUUUUGUCCUGAGGUCCACACAUUAAAUGCAAUAAAACACA